GUAGUGUCUUAGCCAAGCUGAAUGUGAGUAGGUACAUAUCCUGUCCCAUUGUUUCUAGGCGGCCUUUCAGAACAUUCUGAUUAUUCCCCAGAACAGGACGUUUCACUAGUUACACGCGGCUAACAGCUUCUAGAAACCCCAUAGUCCUGCUAGCUAGGGCUGAAUGAUAUAAGUUUGAGCGUAAGUCUCAUGAAACGUCUUAGAUGAACCCGCUCUUCACCUCACCAGUUCCAUAUCUUAUUCCCCACGUAAGGAUAUUCGUCUUACGAGAACUCCUUAGCUGUUUAAGCAGAAUACUACUUUCACUUACAAGUCAUUCAUCCUCAACAUGGCCAUCCAAGACCGCUUAGAGUACGUCCAACCCUCUGGAAUGACCACAAGUCUUGGAAUCCAGCAUGAGAAACGCCGUCCGCUGCCGGCAUUCCAACCAAAGUCCGAACGGAACCUACAACGGCAAGGUCGAGGUCGUAAACCAAGACUAUCCACCACGCUCCCGGUAUCAGCGAAUCGAUUCUCGAAAAGAACCCUACGUCAAUACCUCAACACCAUUACCGUUCCACUCCCACUGUCCAAGGGUCUCUGCCACCUCGAGAUCCUCCCCCAGGAUAUCAUCAACCAAAUCAGCCAGUACAUCCCGUACGAAAACCUGAUCUACCUCUCCUGGGCAUCGAAGGCCCUUAACAAAAUGGUCGACCCGCUCCUGGCACCCCACGACACGAAGCUCUCGUUUGUGCUGCGCGCCGAGCGCGACUUCUACCGGCACUACAACAGCAGGCCGUCCAACCUCGGCUGCUUCAUGUGCUACAAAAUCCUGCCUGCGAGCGUCUUCGCCGUCGACCAGCCGCUGCAAGCGGAACUGCGCACCUCGGCAGUCGAGGGGCCGGUGACGGUGAAUCUGCGGCGGUUCUGCAUCGGCUGCGGCAUCAAGUCCGGCUUGCACAAGCCGGGAGACGAGCUGGUCACGCGCAUCGACAACCGGUUCUGGAUCUGCGACUGCUCGUAUGUCCACGGCGAAAAAACGCUCGUCUGUCGGAGCUGCGGCGUCAUGUGCUACCUCAGGCUGAGGAGGACGAAGCCCGCGCCGUUGUUGAAGUCGGCGAUGGGAUAUUGGAACUAGGACGUUUAUGGCGCGGUAAGGGGGGGAACUGUGCACAGUUUAUUAAUUCGUGCUGGAGAUGAGAUUCGAUCCAGUCUUUUCUCUGCCCAUUACUGAUCUCUAGUUCCCGGGCCUAUGAGAGCAAAUCUGGGUCAUAGAUAUAUACUUGGCCAGAUAGAGGAUAAAGUGAGGAUAUUUGUCCAGGAUCGCUGUUAAUAUUAAUAUUAUGUAAGCUUUGAUGCUCCAGGUGGUUUUUUUUUAGUUAGCGAUUGGCAUGCCGACGGGAUGGGUGGCAAUAAGUGUGUUUACUGCAAAGGGGGUGAGAAAAUGUGCUUUAUUUGGAUAUCCAAUAGGAGGCUGUUACACCCGGGUACCGUUUCUUUUUGUACAGUAACUACCUACCUACAUAGUGGGAAAUAAUCAUUUACUUUGUGUUGCAUUUCCGGUCAGCCGCACCUGUGAUUCUGUAGCUGAAGAUGACUUGACAGUGAUCUACAUCUGUGGCGUUAAUAUCAACCCCUGAGCUUGACCAAAGCGUGUUUAUGUGCAGAUAGGCACGCGACUUCUUGUCACUUUCAGCCACGUAUCUAGCCUCCUCCAGGCAUUAAUAAGAAGAAGGAUUCUAAGUAAAGUUAGGAAGGCCUAAAACAUUGUAGUUUAAAGCAU